AUGGAACUGUUGGCAAGACGUGGGAUACAAGAAAAUAGAACUAAUAACUCUGUGAUUCAUAUGAAUAUGGAACAAGUAAAGUCGAGAAAAUCGGAACCUGAGUCUGAUGACUUUGGGAUUCAUAUGGAUAUGAAGCCAGCAGUGUCAAGAAGGUCGGACUCUGAAUCUGAUAACUCUGCAAUUUGUACGGAUGCUGAGCCAGUGAAACCAAAAAGAUCGGAAUUUGGAUCUGGUAACUCCAGGAUUUCUAUGAAUAUAGGACAAGUGGAACCAAGAAAAACGGAAUCUGAUAAUUCUGAUAUUCAUUCGGAUAUAAAACCAAUAGAACCAAGAGGAUCGAAAUUCGGAGCUGGUAACUCUGAGUCUGAUGAGUUUGGGAUUUAUAUGGAUAUGAAGCCAGGGGUACCAAGAAGAUUGGAGUCUGUUAACUUUGGAGUUUAUAGGGAUACGGAACAAGUGGAACCAAGAGGAUCAAAAUUCGGAGCUGGUAACUCCGAGUCUGAUGAGUUUGGGAUUUAUAUGGAUAUGAAGCCAGGGGUACCAAGAAGAUUGGAGAUUUAUAUAGAGCAAACGAAAGCAAGAGAAGCGGAAUCUGAAUCUGACGACUCUGAGAUUUAUUCGGCUAUAGAACCAAUGAAACUAAGACUUAAACAUCGAUCUGGUAACUCUAGGAUUCGUAUGGAUGCAAAGCAAAUGAAGCCAACAAAAUCGAGAUUUGAAUUUGAUGAUUCUGGAAAAUAUGAGAAUAUAGAACAGUUAAAUCUAAAAAGUGAAUCUGCACCUGUUGGAUACAGGAAAUAUUUGAAGGUUUCCGACAAAUUGCAUAUGGACGGACCAGCACACAAUAUUUCGGUAUCACGCCAUGCUAGUAGUCCGACCUCCAGUGGAACUUUUCGAAAUUUAUUUUGCUGUGUGAAAUAG